CGGAGCGCUUUGAUGCGCUGAGAGGAGGACAGAGCGUCACAUCUCUCCAAACGCCCAUCAAACUUUCGGCAGAGAGGACUCAGUGCUCCGGAGGAGGCCUGUUCGAGAGUACGCACUGAUUCUUGUUUUUUUUUUUUUUUUUCGGACAUGCCCAGCGAUGGAGUGACUUUUCACGAUGAAUUUUGGCACAGUUUGACAACAUUGUGAGUCCUUUCUGAAAGCUCCGUCUCCACGUUUCCCCCCAUCCUUUCAGCGACAGAGCGAGGGAUGGAGCAAGCACCAAGCGCGCCGAGUCCUCCUCCAAAACCAGUCAACCACGAACCCAUCAGCUUCGGCAUCGACCAGAUUCUGGGAGCCGGUUCGGAGCCGGAGAGCGGGCGCACGCCGGGCAGGCAGAGUGGAUCGGAUUUAAGCAACGGGGACGCCUAUUAUAGCCUAGGAAACCCGAGCGGUGCCAACGCGCCCUCAUACACAGCGCUGUCUAUCUCCCUCUCUGGGAUCAUGCCUCCAGCGGAUCCUUCAGGUUCGUACGGAGAGAACAGGAGUCUGGGCAGCCGGGGUGUGAUACGAGUUCCCGCUCACAGACCUGUAACGGCCCCGGGACCCCCGGCACCUGUCCAGAGCGCUGUUCCCGGGUUUGGAGGACUGUGCUUCCCUUGGAUAGGAAACAGGUUCGCCAAGGACAGAAUAUCAGCGGCUCUGGUUCCUUUUGCAGUCACUCGGCGGAUAGGUCACCCGUAUCAGAACAGGACGCCUCCGAAGCGGAAAAAGCCCAGGACCUCCUUUUCCAGAGUCCAGAUCUGCGAGCUGGAGAAGCGCUUCCACCGGCAGAAGUAUCUGGCCAGCGCCGAGCGAGCGGCUCUGGCCAAGAGCCUGAAGAUGACCGACGCGCAGGUCAAAACCUGGUUCCAGAACCGCAGAACUAAGUGGAGGAGACAAACAGCCGAGGAGAGGGAGGCGGAGCGUCAGCAGGCCAAUCGCCUGAUCCUGCAGCUGCAGCAGUCCGCCCUCCAGAAGUCCCUGAGCGAAUCCGCGGUGUCGGAUCCACUGUGCGCCCACAACUCCUCCCUGUACGCCCUGCAGAACCUCCAGCCGUGGGCCGAGGACAGGGAGUAGGGACAGAUAAAUUAAAUGAAACCACUGGGACUUACUUUGAUUCAUGCUGUGUGGAGGAACAAAUGUGACUUGAGACUGAAGCAUGGGUCCUGUCUGUUUAAGUGGAGGAUGUUAGAACGGGACAUUGAAUUCUGGUGAGUGAUGCGUACUCAGAAGCAGAAACUGUGGAUUAUUUUUUUGUUUUCCACCCUGGGUGGAAAAAAUCAGAACUUUGCAAAACAAAUCUGAAACAGACUUAUUCAAAAAAAGAAAGAAAAAAACAAAACAACUGCCACUCUAUUUGUUCUCAUAUGCUUGCACUUAUUCUGUUCAUUGGAAUAAGACAGGGAGGAAAUAUCUUGUAUGCAGUUUUAGAUGAGGGAUGUAAUUUAUGUCACACUGUAAAACAUGCAACUAUAUUGUUUUAUGAGUGUGCUUUCUCUUAACACCCAUUUCUGGGUGCGUUGACUCUGCAAAAUGUGUCAAAGCAGAAAAAAACCCCCUGAUGUUUCUCAUCAUUUUUUCAUUUUUGUGGUGCUUAUUCAGGUCCCAUUGAUAAAAUACUUCCUUUAAUGCAUUCUCACAGACCUGCACAUAUAAACCUGCACAUAAAAAUAGCAACACUUGGGCCAAACCAAAAGAUGCCAAAAAUAUUGCAUUUUGGGUGGAAAACGUCAUUUGAGCUGUAAUAAAACAAAGACAGACUUCAGGAAAUAGGAAAAUUUCACCCAUGCUGUAAGUUAAGAUAAUAAAGGGAGUGAUGCAUGCUCAGAGAUGUUGCUAAAGUCUUUUCAUAUGCACAUUAUUAUGUUUUUGAAUCAAGCCAGAAAACUCUGUUUUGUACUUUUACUGUACAUGUGUAAAUAAUAUUAUAAACUGUUGUUGUGA